CUGGCCCCGCGAAACAACAAGCAGAACUGUGGCAGCACCGCGACUGUUGUCCACAAGGCGAAGAAGAGGCACGGCUCAGUCGGAACACCCCACAUACACCAAAGGAGCGGCACGCGCGGAACUACGACGCUCGACCGACGUGCGCUAUGGCAUGUUCCAGGACUCUCUGGACUUUUGUUCUGGUGACCCUGGUCGCCGGCGUAGCGGCUGUGUCCGCGCGUGCGCAAGACGGAGACAUUCCACCGUCCUGUACUUGGCUGAACGCCGUUCUCGAGGGGUGCUCCGACGACAGCUUCGAGUUUAAAGACAUCUCAGGCUGGGACCUGCUGAAGCGGGAGUACUUCGCCUGCCUCUAUUCCCGGAUCAUACAGGCGGACUCGCGCACUACCUGCCAGGACGACGCCCUCCUGAGUCAAGUGCAGGACUGCAGGGUGGACGCCUACCUAAAGUUAAAGCCUGACGUCAAGCUGAAAAGCCCACCGUUUGACAACUCUGUCCAACUCUUCAAGAACUGCAUGGCCAACACACUGGGCAAGUUCAGGGAGGCUGGCAUGACCGCCCUGCGCGGGUUCCGGGCGGGGCCGGAGGGCGCAUCGCUGAUGGGGGCCCCCUUCAACGCAAAGCCCAACAUCACCGUCGAGUACACACACUUCGUGUGAGCACGGCAGCCACGAGCCAACUGCCAAUAAAAAAAAAAAACGAGGGCAUUCCUCAAAGCGAUCCCAGCUGUCCGUACUUCCGGUAGACUUUUUCGACCAAUUCCAUACAGCAAUGAGAAGCUGUCGAACAAGGAACGUCAGUGGAGCCAAUGCUUUAGCAAGGGGACUUGUCCAACAUCAGGAAAACGCUGCCCUGACAACGACAAGUCCCUCUGUGGAAACACUGGCUGAAGCGACAUGCCCUGUUUCACAUACGACUUAUCAGUUCAUGCCUACAUCUUUGAAUAAACGUACGUCUUUUUCUGAACUCCUUACAAUGUGAC